AAUUGAUGAUUACUUGUGUUAGUCUUUAUCAUGAUGUGAAUUUGUGCGCAUAUUCUUGCCUGACCCCACUACUGUUAUCCAAAGUUACGGUCCCUGGAAGAGUCAAGAAUGUUUAUUUUCACCAAAAUGACAUGCCUAGGCUCAAAAAUAUGUUAAGUUUAAUUCAUGAUUUCUUAUCAUUUUCACAUUUUGUGACCUUGCACACUCAACAAUCCUUUUGAGAUUUUAGCGUUAAUUACUGUUAAAGCCAAGGAAAAAUUUAAAAUACUGGAUUUUUUUUCAUUUGAGCCGGGUCAUGACAAAACCAACAUAAUGGGUUUGCGACCAGCAUGGAUCCAGACCAGCCUGCGCAUCUGCGCAGUCUGAUCAGGAUCCAUGCUGUUCGCUAUCAGUUUCUCUACUUGUUAUAGGGUUUGUAAGCGAACAGCAUGGAUCCUGAUCAGACUGCAUGGAUGCGCAGGCUGGUCUGGAUCCAUGCUGAUCGCAAACGCAUUAUGUUGGUUUUGUCGUGACAUGGCUCAUUUGUCAUUCACAUAGCUCUAAAAGUAUAUGGCCUAGAAUUAUGAAUCCUUUUUUUCAGCUGCUGUUACACAGAUUCUCCGAGUCUUGGAGACAAUGCGAGAGAAGAAUCGUGAAAUUAAGAGGAUGGUGCAGCGAAUGCUGUUAAGGUCAGCAGCAGAUGACCAACCGCUGCAACUUCCGAAAGAUAUCUCAUUCCCUAUUCGUUAUCCUGAGCAGAUGGAAGCAUUCAAUGAGCUUCUGGGAGAUCAGACUAUGCUCUCAUCUGUGGUGCGGUUCCUCUCAAUGUUUGGUAUGGCAGAUGUACGGGAAACUGUUGACCGCUUGAUGAAAGAAACCAUGUCAAAUGAACUGGCAAGAAUGUUCAAUAUGAAGUGGCUGAAGGGGAAGAAAAAGUUUGUGGGCCUCUAGAUACUGAUAGUAUUGUAUAAAUGUGUCCAAAGGAACUUGCCGACAAAGGCUGCAACGAGGAAGGAUGUUGAAAUAGAGGUUUCAAAGUGGCUGGCUAGGGCCCGGGACCGCGAUGGGGGAAGGAAAGCAAGGAACAAGGUGUCAGAGACCUUACCUGAAGAAAAUGAAGGAAGUGACUAGACAUGUUUUUAAUUUAAAAAUGCAAAUUUAUAGAGGAUAUUUGUUUGUUUGUGUGUAAGAUGAAAUUUUGUAUCAUCA